AUGGAGGGCGAACGCCAGCCGUUUCCUCUGGCGGCGUUUGUCGCCUUCGAGCUUCUUUUGAGUAUUCCGCUGGCGCUCUCUCUUAGCCAGCCUACGAGACUCGGAUUCUUCCUAGUCUUAAGCUUACUGUAUUUCAACAUCAUCACUUCUACCACUGGUACUCCAUCCGGUGACUGGUCUCUGGGGUUAGCUAUCACGCCCCAAUUGCUCAAGGCCCUCGACAUGUUUGUCUUAAACCGAGCUGAAGCGGUAUUCCGGCGCAACGAUGCUUUGGAUGCCGAUCCAGCGACGUUAAGCUUUUGGAAGAAACUUGGGUGGGCGAGCGAAUUGAUCCAUACCCCCCGAGGCGUGGGCUGGAAUUGGGAGAACCCCUACGUUUGCUACGUGGAUACCGAGUCUCGCAGUUCCUAUCUCCGCUCUCGAGUGCCACGCAUUGUUUUGUACUAUCUAGCUCUUGAUUUUCUGGGUAAUUACAUUCCCAACUCGACAUCUCAGUCAAUACCGACUAGUCAUCCAUUCAGCUCUGCUGCCAUUAUCCCAGCAUGGUCAUAUGCGGUAAGCAUUUACCUGCAUCUUUGGCUGGUUCACACCAUCCCGGCCACAAUUUUGGUUGCUCUGGGGAUUGGUAAAUCAUCCUCUUAUCCUUAUGUUAUGGGACCGGUUGGCGCCAUGGCAUCGAUCCGAUGUUUCUGGGGUCGCACUUUUCACCAGGCUGUUAGACGCCAGAUCACCAGUGUAGGCGACUACGUGUGUAGAGUAUUGCUCGGGUCGCGCCAGGGAGGAUUUAUCAGCGCAUAUGGAAAACUUGCAAUCGGCUUCGCCAUUGGAGGCCUCACGCAUGCUGUCGGAGGCUACAUGGCAAGUUCCGCCGGUUCUUGGGUUGACAAGACGGGGUCUCUAAGGUUUUUCUUCUAUCAGUUUUGCGGCGUCCUUGUAGAAGACCUCAUCAUGAGCCUCUGGAGGUCUAUCAGAGGAGGCCUCGAUUGGCGGAAGAACCAUAUGGAUGGUGGGAAGAUGAACUAUGGGAAGGACCUGAAAUGGUGGAGAUUGGAUAAUUUUGAAAUGAUUCUGGAGUAUAUUUUUGUUCUGGUUUGGUUUACAGUCACCUUGCCGCCGUCUUUGUGCUGCUGCAAGACUCGCGCCACUAUGCGCAAUCCUGACAUCUGGAACUUGGAGCUAAGGAUAUUUACAGUUCUCGGACAUGCGAUAUCCUUUUUUAAAGACUCUCAUGGAACAUUGACGGCUGGCCGGGAAUAUUUCAAAAAUACGCGAGAGCCAUUCUCGCUGACCAUUGCGGGGCAGAAGAUGUAUGUUUUGACAUCGCCGCAAGAUGUAACAGAUGCCUACAAGAAUACCGUCGCACUCACAUUUGACGGCUUCGUGCGUGACAUUAUGGUCGCCUUUGAGGCAUCGCCAUCCGCCGUUGGGAAGAUGUGGUUGCUUCCUCAGGGUGGUGGCGCAGGGUAUCAAAGUUCUACUGUUGAGAAUCCUAGCCAAAAGUGCCUGGCCCAGCUCACUCGAGACUUUCACCACCAGCAACUACUUCCUGGACCGCACAUGACUGAUAUUGGAGAUAAAUUUCUCCAAUACAUUAAUAACUCUCUUAAAUGGGAGAAUAUUUCUGGAGCUUAUGUUUCCAAAGAGGUCGAUGGACAGACGAAAGAAGUAAACCUCAAGGCUUGGUGCGGCGAUGUACUCUUGGAGGCUGCCACGAGAGCGUUUUUCGGAGAUACCCUUCUCGAGAUCCAACCAGAUUUGUUUCGCCAUUUUUUCGCAUUUGAUGACAAUAGUUGGAUGUUGGUGUAUAAAUACCCACGUGCUCUAGCAAAGAAAAUGUAUAACGCCAAAGACGCUACUACCGAGGCAUUGACUAAGUACUUUAAACUACCAAGCGACAAGAGACCAGGGGAAGCCUGGUUUGUGAAGACAUUGGAGGCCGAACAGAGGUCAUUGGGAAUCAAUACAGAAGAUAUUGCCCUGUUAAUGGUGAUGGUCUACUGGGCGGUGAACUCGAAUACUUACAAAAUGUGCUUCUGGGUUUUUUCAUACAUUCUUUACCACCCCAAAUUCUUGCAUGCUAUCCGCGAAGAGACUCGAGCAGCCUGCGAAGGAAGAGAUGAUGUAGACAUGACACAUCUCAUUGAACGCAGUCCCAAUCUCAAUGCUGUUUUUGACGAGGUUAUGCGCCUCACCAACUCGUCAAGUUCGAUCCGGCGAGUCGAUGCCGAAGUACGGAUCAGAGGGCUCAAGCUCCGCGAGGGAACCAACGUUCUAAUUCCAUACCGACAACUGCACUUGAAUCAAGACGCUUUUGGCGAUGAUGUGCGCGUGUUUAAUCCGGACCGGUUUCUGAGCAAUAAAUCUCUCAACCGAAAUCCGAGCUACCGGCCUUUUGGCGGGGGCUCUACUUACUGCCCUGGUCGUUUUAUUGCGCGACAAGAGGUUGUGGCAUUUGUUGCUCUUGUGCUAUAUCGUUAUGAUAUUACGUUAGCAGGGUCAGCUACAGGGUUCCCAGCUUUGGAGGAGAUGAAACCCUGUCUCGGGGUUAUGGGCCCAGUUGAAGGCACUGAUCUGCCAAACAGCUCAAGCCUUGACAUAAAAAUCCCACUGAGACCACAUCCAUACGGUGGUGGAAAAGGCCACGGUAAAAGGCACAGCCAGGCCCUUGCGCAUACUCGCCGUGCCAUACGCGAGCCACUCGGUACUGAAAUGGCCAAGCGCAAUGGCAUAGGUCCAAAAGGCCAUGGUGUAAAUGUCGCCACUAGCGAUACGGUAGGCGGCAUAGCUGCGGAUCACGGUGGCCAGCAGGGUCCAGGUGCCAAACAGACGCCCGCUCAAGCCUGUCACUUCUGUCGAGGCGACUGGGCCCUGGUACGUGCGGCGCGCGAUAUCAGUGGAGACGUAGCAUCCGACUGUGUUGAAGAUAGAGGCGGCAGAGAACUUACGAGGAGGAGCCAGUACGGCAGCAAGCCGUCGUGCGCGGGCAGCCAUUUCGAGGCCAUGGUUGCACUGCGCGGAGAUCGCCCAGCUCCAGCCGUCUCCAGCUUUCCCGCCCCUUUUGAUAUUAUUAUUUCCUUCCUUCGCGGAGCUCUACCACUAUCCCCGUUCUCAUAUCAUACACAUCUGAAGGCAAAACUCAAUAUCAUCAUGUCAACCGGCCCGUCAUCCAUCACGUCGGCUCUUGUCGUCGGCGGCGUCGGCUCUCUGGGUCGUCAAACCGUCAAGCAGCUGCUCGCGCUCGAGCCGCCGCCAGUCAAAGUUUCUGUCUUUGAUUUGAGAUCGCCGCCACCAGAGCAUCGCAUCGCUUCGGUCGAGUAUCAUGAAGUUGAUAUCACAGCCAGGGACCAGGUCGAUGCUGCCCUCGCCAAGGUCCAGCCUCAGGUUAUCAUCCACACAGCCUCGCCUCUUCCGACCCUCCUAGAUCUUGACCUUUACUUGAGAGUUAACGUUGAGGGUACCCGCAAUCUUGUAGAAUCUGCCAAGGAAGCAGGCACAAAAGCCUUUGUGUACACGUCAAGUGCCUCCGUAGUUCAUGAUGCAGUCAGCGAUCUGAUCGAGGCCGACGAAUCUCUUCCUCUUGUUUACAUUCCUGAACAGAAAGAAGUCUACUCGCACAGCAAGGCGGUUGCCGACCAGCUCGUGCUUGAUAACAAUGGCACCACGCCAGGCAGCAUGCUCACUACCUGCAUCCGCCCCUCGGGCAUCUUCGGCGAGGGCGAUGAGGGUCCAACCAAAUCAAUGGUUGAAAACGCCGCAGCCGGCAAACUGCGUUUCACAAUCGGAGACGGAAAGAAUCUGUUUGACUUUACGUUCAAUGAGAAUGUUGUUUAUGCACAUAUCCUAGCUGCUGAACGUCUCCUGCAAAGUCAGGUUACACCACCGCCUUCGGAGGAUUUGCGUGUUGCUGGACAGGGAUUCUUGAUUACAAAUGACGAACACAUCCCGUUCUGGGAUUUUGCGCGAGCCAUUGGCACAGCAGCAGGCCACCCGACCAAACCAGAAGAAAUCAAAGUCAUUCCAAAGCUCGUGGGCCUCAUCAUGGCUACUAUCGCGGAAUGGGUGGUGUGGGCGACCUCGUUUGGGCGCAAAAAGGCCCGGAUGAACGUUGUUGGCAUUCGGUACAGCUGUAUGACGAGAACAUACCGGAUUGAUAAAGCCAAGAAGGCGCUGGGAUACCGGCCCCUCCCGGGGGAAUGUCGUCACUUCAUCUUGUUUGCUAUCUUGUCGCAAAAAAAACAAGAACGGUCUACGGCGUCGCAAUCUGCGCCUAUGCAUCAAAUGCACGCCAGCUUCCGCACCGUGGCCAUUAUUCUGGCGGUGCUGUACACACUCUUCAAAUGCGCUAGCUUUAUUCGCAAUUACACAAUCGCUAGACGCAGCGGUUUCCCUGUCUAUAUCUCACCUGUGCUAUCCAAAAGCGCCGUGUGGCUGAUUCUCGGCCCAACAUUUCAGCUCCAAUUCGAAAAGUAUCUGCCCGAAUGGAUUUACUAUCGCUUGGAUUUUAUCAUCAGAGGGUGGGAGAUUCGAUGGAGGGAGAAAAUGCACCGCCGGCCGGGCAAGGCUUUUGUUGUCGUGACUCCUGAUGAGUGCUCUCUAUGGGUGGGAGACCCUGCUCUUGGGACAACGAUUUUGCAGCGAAGAAAAGAUUUCCUUCAGCCGCCAAUUGUGGGACAGUUCCUCGGGCUUUUUGGCUCGAAUUUGGCCCAAUCCAAUGGAGAAGACUGGCAGCGACAGCGCCGAAUAAUCGCACCCAACCUCAACGAAAAUAUAAUGGAAUCGGUCUGGGACGAAACAUGCCGACAAUCGCAAGCAAUGCUAGAGUUCUUGGUAGAGAACCCUGGUGGCCAGACUCUAGAGGGACUCAGGAGCAUUGCUAUCAAUGUGCUUGGGCAAGCCGGGCUGGGACAUAAUCAGCCAUGGUCUCCGGACUUUGUCCAAAGCCUAGGAACCAACUGGGAGGGUGCUAGGAUUGCCUAUUUCAAAACCAUUGCACGAGUUACUGAUCGAUUUAUUGAAGCUGCUCUCGUUCCCGCAUGGCUAAAGAAAAUGCCGUUUAUGUCCGAGUCCAUGCAGCUUCUUGGACGCGAAAUGGAAAGAGUUCCAGAUUACUUGAAGGAAAUACUCAGCGAAGAGCGCAAAAAGGCCGCUUCUGGGGAAGCCAAAUCCCAUAAUAAUUUACUAGAUAUUUUGGUCCAUGUCUCGAACAGCGAGAGUAAAGCUAGACUCGGCCUGUCCGAGGAUGAGAUUGGCGGCAAUCUCUUUGUCUUUACGGCCGCCGGGUUUGAUACAGCAGCAACUGCCAUGGCUUAUGCAGUUAUAUUGCUAGCUGUACAUCCAGAAUGGCAAGAUUGGGUAGAGGAAGAGCUUCAGCAAAUAGACCUGAAGGGGAAGUAUAACGAGGUAUUCCCUCGUUGCCAGCGAACGCUGGCACUCCUGAUGGAAACAAUGCGCCUUUUCUCCCCCUCUAUCCACACCACACGAACUGUCAAUGAGCCACAACAUGUAGCCGAUACAACUGGAACCCACCUGCUGCUACCCUCUUUUGACAUUUACAUCUCUGCCCAGUCCAUCCACAGCGACCCUGAUAUUUGGGGCGCCGAUGUGAAAGAAUUCAACCCUGAAAGAUGGCUAGAUGAUGCUGGCCAGGUCAUCACGCCUGCAAAGGGCACUUAUCUGCCCUGGUCAGGUGGACCACGGGUCUGCCCCGGUAUGAAAAUGGCACAAGUCGAGUUUGUCGCGGUAUUCGCUACUUUUUUCCGACAUGCGCGGUGUGAACCGCUGCAAUUAGAGCAAGAAACGCAAGAAGAAAGUCGAGCGAGGUUUUUGGAUUCGAUGGAUAAGUCUGUUCCAAAGUUGACUUUGCAAGUAAAGGAUCCUCAUAAGAUACACUUGCGAUGGAUUCCGAAUAUGGCGAGUUAA